AUUUAUAUCUUCCGAUCCCCACUUCUUUCAUGUCACAAAGAUGACCACCACUACUCUCACAACCGCCCUCCUCCUCUUAUCCACUCUCCUCCGCUUCUCCACUACCACCUUAGCCAUCGGAGUAAACUAUGGGACUCUAGGAAACAACCUGCCACCGCCUUCCCAGGUGGCCAACUUCCUCAAAACACAAACAAUUAUAGACAGCAUCAAAAUCUUUGACACCAAUCCUGACGUUCUUCGAGCUUUUGCCAACACAAAUAUUUCCGUCACAGUCACGGUCGGUAAUGGUGAUAUUCCGGCGCUUUCUGACGAACGUGCUGCCCGACGUUGGGUUGCUGACAAUAUUAAACCGUAUUAUCCCAGGACAAAGAUUAAUCGAAUUGCUGUUGGGAAUGAAAUCUUAAUGUCUGCAGUGCAGGAUUGGAUUGCUCAUCUUGUUCCUUGCAUGAAAGCUCUGCAUCAUGCUCUUGUUGUUGCUGGGAUCAACGAUGUGAAGGUCUCAACACCUCACACCCUCGGAAUUCUUCACAAUUCUGUGCCACCGAGUGCUGCUCGGAUCAGGCCUGGCUAUCAGAAAUCAAUAUUUGCACCCAUGCUCGCGUUUCUACGUGAAACCAAAUCGCCUCUCAUGGUUAAUCCAUAUCCUUAUUUCAGUUACGCUCCAAAAGUGGCAAAAUACAUUCUUUUCCAGCCAAACCGUGGGAUCCAUGACAGAUUCACCGGCAUCACAUAUUCUAACAUGUUUGAUGCGAUGAUGGAUGCGGUUUAUUCAGCGCUUAAAGCUAUGGGCUAUCCUGAUGUAGAUAUUCUGGUGGCCGAGACAGGUUGGCCGUCUGCCGGUGACCCGGAUCAGCCGGCGUGUACGGUGGAGAAUGCGAUUACGUAUAAUGGGAAUUUGAUUAAGCAUGUCACUUCGGGGAAAGGGACACCACUGAUGCCGAACCGGAGGUUCGAGACGUAUAUUUUUGCGUUGUUUAACGAGAAUCUGAAACCUGGAACCUCUGCUGAGAGGAAUUGGGGUUUGUUCAGGCCGGAUUUUAGCCCUGUUUACGAUGUUGGGAUCUUGCGUAAUCAGAAGAACAAUCCAGCAAAUCCAAAACCUUCACCAAAACCAGCCCCAGGGAAGAAAUGGUGCGUGCCAAAACCAGAAGCUAAUGAUCAACAAUUGCAAGGAAACAUAGACUACGUUUGCAGCCAAGGUGUAGACUGCAAGCCCAUCCAAGCUGGUGGAGUCUGCUUUGAUCCAAACAAUGUCAGGUCUCAUGCAUCAUUUGUUAUGAACUCCUUCUAUCAGAGCCAAGGCCAGAAUGCUUUCAACUGUGAUUUCUCUCAAACUGGCGUCCUCACCACUGCCAACCCAAGUCACGGGGCGUGUAAAUACCUUUGAGAUCAUGACAAAACUCGGUGGAAUUUCAGGCAUUUCAUUUAUAUGUUCAUUUGUUCUUGUUGGAAGUUAAUUAAUUUUAAUGAAAUUAAUUACUUAAUUCUC